AAAAUAAAUAAAAAGUGAUAGACUGUCCAAACAAGACACAAAAAUUCCAUUUGUUACAAAUUUUCCUCCAUGAUAGGGUAUAACAGAAAAUUGCCCAUUUUGGGGCCGCCGUCGUCCAUCAACAGCAGCAGCAGCCGAAGAAGAAGAAGCCAACAACAAGAACAAAAGUUGACAAAGAUUUUCUCAGUGAAAACCGCAAAAAUAUUAUGCGGAGGUCUACAGAAGAACCACCGACAAACAACAGCUACGAAAGGAACUACUACGAUCGCAGCCGCAUAGUCAGUUACCAAUCCAAUCCCAGCCCUUCCUCUGCCGCAGCAUCAUCGUCCCCUUCAUCCAUAACAGCAGUAGGAGGAACAUUGUCGACUACUACAUCUACAACCAGUGAAAGAUCGCGUGGUAGGGAACGCCUCUAUAGGAAUGGUUCAGCAACAUCAUCAUCAUCAUCUGGUAGCAUUGGUAGCAACAACAACAACACCACCACGACGACAGCAACAGCAGCCGGAGCCGCUACGGCGCCGCCACAAGCGUCUAGCAACAGCAACAAUAUACAUCAUCAUAUAAACACAAAUCCAAAUCCUUCUACACCUACGCCUACAACAACAACAACUGCUAUUGCUGGUGGUGCUGCUGCUGCUCGGGUGGUAUCGCAGUCAUGGUACGAAGCCGCCGCUGCUGCAACGGCUCAAUUAAAAAGUCCUGGUGGUUCUGGUGGCAAUGCCGGCGGCGGCUUUAUAAUGAGCAGCAGCUCACCGAUCAGCAAUCAUCAGCAUCAGCAUCAUUUACAUCAUCCUCCGCAUAUGCAUCCGCAUCAUUUACACAGCGGCGGCAGCAGCAGCAGCGGCACAACAACAACAACAGCAACAGCAACAACAUCCGCCUCGUAUUCAUCACCACUGCCUGGCCAGGCAGCCACCACGGCCAUGCAUCGGAGUGUGGCCUAUGCGGGCACGGCUGCGGAUGACCCAAAUCCCUCACGUAAAAUUGUGCUCCAACAAAGAGCUGCUGCUGUCGCUGCUGCUGGCAGUAAACUGAAUAAGCUACUCAAAACGACGACGACGACGACGACGAUGGGAGUAGCAACAGCAGCACCGGCGGGGGCGGGGGGAAGAUGUGGCUCUGAGUCGCCAAUAGGAGGAGCUGCGGCGGCGACGACGACGACGACGACAAGUACAAUCACAAACAAUAGUUUUAGUAGUAAUAGUUUAAAUAAUACAAUAAACACGGCAACUCCAACAAUGCCAACAAUUGCAACAUCAGCAACAGCAACGGCAGCUGAUGGGACGGCAACUGGUGGUGGAGGAGCUGGAUCUGGAGCUGGAGUUGGAGCUGGCAGUGGCAGUGACAUUCUAAAUGUUGCUGCCGCGCUAGCAGCUGCCGUUGAUAAUAAAAACGGUAUGUCUCCAUCCGGCGCCUCUGCAUCGACAACAACUUUAACCACCUCCGCCUCAUUGUCGUCAACACGGCAUCAUCAGCGACAUCAUUUGCAUGGACGCAGCACCACCUCGUCGAGUCGCUCGCAUUCGAGAUCACCGAGUAGCUAUAGCAGUUCGCAUAGCACAUCAUCGGCCUCAUCGCACUCAUCGUCACAUUCGCACGCGUCCAGUCCGAUUUCGGGCAAUUGUGCGGAUGCUGGUGGAGGUGGAGGAGGAGGAGGUGGUGGUGGUCGAAGUUCCCGUAGUCUACAGUCCGUUGCAGUGACAAGCAACUCUUCAAAUCCCAGUGGCAAUGCUGGAGGUGGCGGCGGCGGCUCCAGUUCAUCAUCGAGCAGCAGUUCAUCGAGUAGUAGCAGUAGUAGCUCCUGCUUGGCCGCCAAUCCUGUUGUGCAUUCCGAUGAUAAUCGACCGCUGGCCAUUCGUGUACGUAAUCUACCCGCCCGUUCCUCGGAUACAUCCCUCAAGGAUGGUCUCUUUCAUGAGUACAAAAAGCAUGGCAAAGUCACCUGGGUAAAGGUGGUGGGUCAGAAUUCCGAACGUUAUGCCCUGGUCUGUUUCAAGAAGCCCGAAGAUGUGGAAAAAGCCUUAGAGGUGUCACAUGAUAAACAUUUUUUCGGUUGUAAAAUUGAAGUGGAACCCUAUCAGGGCUACGAUGUCGAGGACAAUGAAUUUCGCCCCUACGAAGCUGAACUGGAUGAAUAUCAUCCCAAAUCAACACGAACGCUAUUCAUUGGUAAUCUGGAGAAGGAUAUAACAGCUAGCGAAUUGCGUGUACAUUUCGAAAGUUUUGGCGAAAUCAUUGAAAUUGAUAUCAAGAAACAAGGACUCAAUGCCUAUGCCUUUUGUCAGUAUUCCGAUAUUGUAUCCGUAGUCAAAGCCAUGCGUAAAAUGGAUGGCGAACAUUUGGGUAGUAAUCGCAUAAAGCUCGGCUUUGGCAAAUCCAUGCCCACGAAUUGUGUCUGGAUCGAUGGUGUUGGCGAUAAGGUAUCCGAAUCGGUUUUGCAAUCCCAAUUUACACGUUUUGGCACUGUGACCAAGGUUAGCAUAGAUCGGAAUAGACAAUUGGCUUUAGUGCUUUAUGAUCAAGUGCAGAAUGCUCAGGCUGCUGUCAAGGAUAUGCGUGGUACAAUAAUGAGGGGAAAGAGGCUACAAGUGGAUUUUGCCUCGCGAGAAUGUCAAGAUGCCUUCUAUGAUAAGCAGGAUAAGCAAUUGCAGCAGCAACAGCAGCAGCAGCAGGCAACAACGACGGCACAGCAACAACAAAAUGCCGGCGGCUCUUCCUCCUCAUCAUCUCGGUUUAAUCGCUACGAAUCGUCCACAUCAUCCUCACAGUCAAGACCACGUGCCUCAUCCUUUGGCCGUUAUCAGAAUAAUUCCAAUGAUAGUUGCUCGCCAGGAAGCAGCAAUGCGAUUUCGUCAAGUGGUGUCCCAACGAACAGCAGCAACAGCAACAACAACAACAGCAGUAGCAGCAGCAGUACAACCACUACCAUCUCCUCGAGCAGCAAUGCCAUGCCAGCGCCCAGUAUUUCAUCAGCAUUUGUGCCCGGUGGCGGACAGAGCGCUUCUGGAGGAUCUUUAGCCUCAUCUACGUUGCCCUCGGUGGUAGGUCAAAGUUCGUUACCCAUGUCACCAGCUGCCUUGGCUCAAGCGCGCAUGCGUAUAGCUCGCAAUGCACGUCAUACCAUUGAUUUUGAUUUCAAUGAUGUGGGCCGACGAAUUCGCAACAACUAUGAAGACUUUAACAAUCAGAACAACAGCAACAAUAGGCAGCAGCAGCAGCAGCAGCAACAACAACAGCAGCAGCAGCAGAAUGCAAUUCCAGACGAGGAGAAUAGUGGAUUUCGAUCCGAUUCGCCAGUGAUAUCUCGCUUGGGUCCUGCCGUCAAUAGCAGCGGCUGCGGCAGCAACUCUGGAACAAAUGCAACCGGUGAUAACCUCGAGAUGACGCUGAUGGGCAGCAACAGCAUCAAUAAUAUGAGUGGAAGUAAUUUGGGUGCACCCAUGCAUAUGCCCAAUCGAAGGCGUUGCGGUAAGAGCCCAAAGGAAUUGCGCCAGGUGCACAAUCAAAGAUUCCAAUUGCCUGACAAACUCGAGGAAUGCCCGUCCAGUGGUGAUGAAGGCGUGGUCAGUCCACGUAAACGCAUCAAAAUGGAUUACCAUCAUCAUUCCAAUGCCAGUGGGGAUUCCUCUGGCGAUUAUAUUAAACCCAAUCCUCUACCUAUUUCCUCCAACUGUGAUGUCAUACAUGAUCCUCUGAAUCGUAAAAGUGAAAUUCGUCGAGUCUCGGAGUCAAUCAAUGCAAUCCCAGGUAGCAUCAAAUUCCCGGGACAACAACAACAUCCUGGUCCAACGGGACCGCCAUCCAUGAUGCUUAGUUGCCGUCGCCCGUCCAUUGAUGCUGGGGCAUUGUCCCUGUUGUCCAGCUCAGCAUCAUUUCGCCAUGGCCUUGUGGGAGCCAGCAGCAUGGAUCAACAUCAUUUGAUGAAUGCCGCCUCGCUGGCUGCAAAACGACGACGAGUGACAAAUAGCAUGCAGCAACCGCCUCCUCCGCCCAUUGGGAAUAGUAGUAAUACCAAUAGUGGGGGUAAUCUAAUCGGAGGAGCUGCAGCAGCUGCCACCGGUCUAACACACAGUACCGAUGACUAUCAUCAUCAUGCAUCGCGUGGACGGGGACAUCAGCUGCAUUCCCAUCAUUCGCAUGAGGCCAGUGGCGGUGAGAGUGCAGAUGGAUCCCGGCCAGGCACACCUCUGUGCGAUGAGCGGCCAGAGGUAUUGCCCACAGAACCGCGACGUCUGCCCCCGCCGAGAGAGCGAACUAGAGAAAGGAUACGGGAAAUUAUGUGGCUGCCAUUGCCCAAAUUUGGUGUGCUAUUCUUUCAGCAACAGCGCAGUCAGGCAAAUGCCUCCUCCUCGAGUAGCGUUAGCAAUUACCUGCAACAAUUGGGUGGCGUAGCCGGUGGAGGAUCAUGCUCCCAAAAUUCUAGUCUAAAUGCCAGCUCGGGAAUCGGACUUGGGCUGUCCUCAUCCUCAUCCUGCGCAUCAUCCAAUAUGAGCUCAUGUUCGGCAACAAUGUCAUCGGCUGCAGCGGCAUCCGCGUCAGCGUUAUCAUCGGCCGGCGGUUCCGGCAGCAGUUCAACUUUCCUGCCCAGUCCCUCGUCACGCUAUUGGCGAUCUUCGCAUCAUCAUCACCAGCAUCACCAUCAUCACCACCAACAUCAGCAGCAGCAAUCGCAGCAGUUGCAUCAAUCGCAACAGCAGCAAUCGCAGCUAACGCUAACACAUACGCAAACCUCAACAAGUGGUAGUAGUUCAUCUUCUGGCUUGAUGGCUAGUCCGGCACGGCCACGUUCCUUAAGUUCGAAUUCCAGUGAUUCUGAUGUGCCUGGUGGUCAGGCUGGCGGGAGUCCAUCACUCGAUGAAAGAUUGCGCAACUUUGAAGAGAACUAUGAACGUUGGUCAGGUGGCAGUAGCAAUCAGACGAAUGUCAAUUCCUCCUCAUCUGCCUCCACUUCCAGUCAUGCCCAAUCGAGUGCCACACCAUCCUGGCAAUUGUCCAUGCACACAAGUUUGAGCAGCUCCCAUCAGGCAAACUCUGGUGGUAAUAGCAACAGUUCCACUGGCACCGAUUCCAGUUCGACCAGCACAUCGCGUCAUAAAUUUCCCAAUAUUAACGAACUCCAGCCAUCGGAUAUAGUCAAAUCGGUAUUGGCAAAAAAUUCUGUAUUCGACUAUGAUUUCCAACGCUUGAAGAAGAAUCAAUGGUACGAGCCAACGACAACAGAAUUUAGUGCCCUCUCCUCGUCAUCCUCGCUACUAGGAUCAUGCAUUGCAUCUCGUCUAGGUGGUGCAGGCGUCGUAGGUGGAGGUAUAUCUGGCGGUGGUCUGGGCAGUGGGAAUACUUCACCAGCAUUGCCCAAUCUGGCAGCCACUAAGACUUCAACCACUAUAGGUAGUUGCAGUUUGUCAUCUCUGACGGGCAUGGGAUUAGCCAAUUCAACUGUAACCUCCUCAAAUAGCACCUGCAGCAGUAGUAAAACAUCUGGACUACUUCAGAGAUUAAGUAGCUUGUCGCCAAUGAACUCACCGGCGCAGGCUUCCAUGUCACCCUAUAACAGUCCAUCACCAUCACCAUCGGUGGGUGGUACUGUUGGUGGUGGUAAUGUUAGUGGUGUUCAGCAAUUGACAAAACCAAAUCCAGGUUCUGCAUCUCCGUCAGGUGGUCCACCCACAAAGGGUCUACAGUAUCCGUUUCCCAGUCACCCGCCAUUGCCAAAUACAGCUGCUCCACCACCAGCAAUACAACCGGCACCACCGCCACCACCUGAGCUGGUGACCAAAGCUAAGAUGGUGAAUCCAUCAGCAACAGCGACUACGACGACGUUGACAGCUUUGACCAAGAGCCUGAGUGUGCCGGAUGCAAAUAGUAGCCAGCAACAGCCACCACCUCCAACUGUUCGUACUACGCUGCAAAAAUCCGCCUCUGUGCCGGGUAGCACUAAUUUGGGUACAUCCCAAUCCUCCGUCACCGCCGUAGCCGCCACUAGCUCAACAUCAACUUCUAUAUCGUCCAACGGUAACAGUUCCUCAGCCACACAACAACAACAACAUGUACAAAAGCCACAACAAAACUCAAUAACAACGGAGGAGAGCAAGACAUCAACCUCAAACUCAUCCUCCUUCUCCUCCUCUUCCUGCCCCGUUAAUACCAAAAAGAAUAAUGCUGAAAAAUCCCAUACAAAGCAUAACAAUCGUUCGGAUAGUGAGAGUAGCAAGAAGAGUCGUAAAUCUGAAAAGAGUUCAUCCUCCUCAACGUCCUCCUCCGACAAACGUAACAAAAAUUCCACCAAAUCUACAACGCCAAAAGUUGAAGAUGAUUCGCCCACAGAAUCUGAUGAUCCGCCAGAGAAAACGGAAAAGGAAUCGCAUCGUCAGGAGCAGCAGCGGGAAAAGGAAAAGGCCUCUCAAAGCAGCCAACUCAAAGAGCGACAAGAGAGAGAGAAACGUGAAAGAGAACUCCGCAAGCAGCAAGAGCGUGAGGAUAAAGAACGUAAAGUCCAAGAGGAAAAGGAACGCGAAGAAUUGCGCAAAGCCAAAGAGGAUAAGGAAAGAGAGCAACAGCAACAACAACGCGAACGCGAACAAAAAGAACGUGAAGAAAGAGAACAGCGUGAGAAAGAAAAGCGCGAGAAAGAACAGCGUGAGAAAGAGCAACAACAACAAUUGGAGCUUGAACAACAACGUGACAAAGAACAACGCGAAAAAGAGCAACAACGCGAAAAGGAACAUACUGAUAAGGAGCAAACAUCUGCUCAGGAAUCUCGCCUGGCACGCAUGCGUGAAUUGUCCACCUAUCACAAAAAUAAAUCCGAUGCCACAUCAGAGGCAACAUCGUUCUAUGCCCACAAUGUUGUUACAACUCAGCCCAGCAGCGAUUCGGAACGACAACACAACAAGGAGAAUGCUGUUGGUGCUGAUGUGACAGCCGCCACACCUCAUGCUGCUCAAGUUUCAGCUGCCGAUGGAGGGCAGAUCGUCUCGGCCAAUGUCACCAAUGCAAAAGAGCGUUCACGCAAAUCCUCUAGAAACUCACCUGUACCCCGCCUACAUAAGCGCCGCCUAAGCUCGCAGGAUAGUAAUCACAGCGCUGGCGGAGGAGCCGGAGGAAAUGGUAGCCAUCAAACGCAACAAAAUCACGAGGAUUAUGUUAAACGUAUACGCAUGGAAAACCAUCAGCAGCAGCAUCAUCACCAACAGCCACAGAAUGUAACCAGCCAGAAUACAAACCAAAGGCUUAAUAACGAUCGCCGGGAUUCCAAAGAGCAGCAUAAAACCACCACUAGCAGCAGCUCCAAGGAAGAGAAAACUGGCAGCAAUUCAAACUCUAAAUCGCAUAGCUCAUCCUCCUCAUCGCGGCAUCAUCGACGAGAAAAGCAUCACAGUAGUAAAAGUAAUGCUGUCGGUUCAUCCUUAGAGGUAACCAACUCUUUGGAAAUAAUGGACACAUCCUCGUCGACGAAGCAGCAGCAGCAACAUUUGAAUACCAGCGAGGAGGAACAUCAGCAGCAGCAGCAACAACCGCCUCAGUCGAAACGAGAGCGAGAGGGUCGCGAUCAUGCGGGAUCGAGUCAUCAUCAUGGCAGUAGUUCAUCAUCUCGUCAUAAGAGCAAACGAGACCAUCAUCAUCAUCGGGAGAAGAAGCGUCAUUCAAUUGCCGAGUCUACCAAUACCGAUGAGGAGCCACCGCAUCAACAACUACAAUCCCAUCGAAGAACUUCCGCCGCUGGCAGUGGUUCGGCUGGAGAACUUAGCUCAGCAACGAGUGGCAAGAUGCAUAGCCAUCAUCAUCAUCAUCACCAUCAUCGUCGGAGUAUGGAACGAAAGUCACCACGUGGCUCAGACGAAGGGCAUCAUUCGUCAUCGAAAUGCUCGCGUAGUCGCAUAAUGUUAAGCUCCGCCGACUCUGAUGACACCGAUGAUGCCUCCAAGAAACAUUCCAUAUUCGAUAUACCCGAUGAUUGUCCCAAUGUCUCCAUGUAUGACAAGGUGAAGGCACGCAGCUGCAAGAAUAUGCAACGACAGGCCGAGGAGAAGAAGAUCAAGGCUAAAUUCUCACAGUUGAAGCAAUCGCGAGCCAAAAAGAAACGUUCCACUAGCUAUGACGGUGAUUCGGAUACCGAAUUCGAAGAUCGUCAUCAUAGGAAUAGUGGUGGCAGUGGAACUAGUAGUUUCCCUGGUCGUAAUCAUCGUCUGUCGAGCAGUGACGAUGAUGAUGACGAUGGCAUGACAUCUCGUCAUCAUCAUCAUCAUCAUCUUAGUCGUAUGUUCUCCGAUUCCGAUGUAGAGGAUGCAGAUAUCGAUGAUGAAGCCACUGCGAAUCAUAGGCUACAAAUGCAACAGAAAUUGCGACGCUUAUGCGAUGGUGAUGAUAGCUCAGAGGAUGAGAUACGUCGUCGUAAUGUCAUGAAACAUCAUCAUGCUGGUAAACGUAAUUCCUAUUCCACUCGUAUAGCAUCCGAUUCGGAAUCGCAAUCUCAGCCAGCUGUAGAUAUGGCUUCAGUGGUAAAACAAGAGCAGCCUCCACAUUCGUCGACAUUUGCAAAUGCUGCUGCAGCGACAAAUGCAACAGCGACGGCCGCCACUUCGACGACACCAACAUCGACGACAACGAAUCCAAUGGAUAAUGCUAUUCCAACUGUUGCCAAUGCUACUCCAACUGCUCCAGCAGAGAUCAAACAAGAGCAACUCUCGGACAAUGAGCAAAAGUUUGUCAACAAAUCUCGUCACGAUUCCAACUCAUCGGUGGAUGAGCGUAAAUUGAAAACGGAAAUUAAAAAGGAAUAUAGCGAUUUCUAUAAUACUCCUCCAACUGGCUAUGGUUUCACCCAAGAAGCGGCUAAAGCGGCAAAGGAUUAUUCACCAGAUGCUGCUACACGCAAGAAGCACAAGAAGAGCAAGAAACGUUUGAAAUCCUCAUCGACAACCGAAUCGGUAGGAGGAUCAUCAUCACUGCCACCAUUAGUAGUUGGUAGUGCAUCGGCAACUACAUCGAUCUUUGAUGUUCCUCCCGUUGUGGAUUGUAAGCCAAAUAAGUUUGAAAGCUUCGAGGAAGUGAAAGCAGAGAAUCCUCCAUCAAUGGCAGCGACCAAUCUCGAUGUUUCGGCCAGUGAGCGGCGCAAGCACAAGGAACGCAAAGAGAAGAAACGUGAGAAAUUGAGGAAUUUGGCUGGCGGCGAAACGAAUUUUACCACCACUUCGAAUGCCAUUGGCAGCAAUAGCAAUGCCAUUUGUGGUGUUCCCAGUGGUGCUACUAAUGCCACCACCAGCACGACAACAACAGCAACAUCAACAACCACUACCAACGAUAUCAGCAGCGAGAAACUGUCCAAAGAGGAGAGACAUCGUCUCAAGAAAUCAAAGAAAUCCAAAAGUUUGGACUCUUCACGUCUCUCUAAUGCCACCGGCUCUGCAGCAGCUGCAUCAUCGCCCCCAGCGGUUCCUGUUCCUACAUCAGCACCGCCUGUGCCGACAAAUACAACUACCUCCUCAUCCAAUCGAGAUCAGUCGAAACGUGGUGCGGACGAUAAAAUGGAAUACAUAUUUGGUUUCAUUUCGGAGGAGGAAGAAUCACAAUUUACCGAUGAGAAUACAGAUGCUGGCAACAAGGAAUUAACCAUUUCCUCUGGCGGCGGUGUCUCAACAACUGGUCCCAUUGUGUCGGCUGCCUUGCAGACCUACAAACAGGAGCCACCAGUUGCAAUUACCUCCAAGACAACGCAACAGCAGGAUAAUGCUAUGCCCUCGAUGCCAGAAGAACAGCAGUCGCAAACAGAGCGAAAUCGUCCAACAGCGGCGGGAACAACAAGCUCUUCGUCAUCCUCUCAUGCUGAACGUGAACGACAUCGCAAAGAGAAGCGUGAAAAGAAACGUCGUGAGAAAAGCCAGAGAGAGCAACAUGCAGCAGCAGCAGCUGCAGCCGCCCAGCAACAACAGCAGCAGCAACAGCAACAACAGCAGCAGCAGCAACAACAACAGCAAUCCUCGACAUCGGCAACAUCUGGAAAAAUUGAAGAUGACAACAGUGUGGACAUGGAUGAGGCUGGACGUGCUCUCGAGGCUCAACUUAUGGAUGACUUUGAUAGCAAAUUAAUGUCCGAAGAAGCAACACCCUCAACAGCCACAACAUAUCGAUCCGAUAUGACAGAUGUGUUCCGUUUCUCCGAUAAUGAGGAUAAUAAUUCAAUUGAGCUUAGCAAACCCAAUACCAAACACCAGCAACCGGAACAACAGCAGCAGCAGGAACCACACAAAAGCAAGGAUAAGAAGAAGAAGAAGAAGCGUUCCAAAGAAGAGAAGCAACAGCAGCGUAGAGAAUCACUUCCAACUAAUACAGUGCCCGUGCAAGUGACGACAGUUAAUCAACCACCGGCUGCUCCAGCAUCUACUUUGUCUGCUGUUACCACAGAAGCACCCACAGCACCACCUGCAACUCCUGGCAAGCUUACAGUUAAUGUUCAAGCUGCCGCCAAGCAUAAUGAAGAACAAAUGGAUGCAAAGCGUUCGACAGAUGGCCGAACUUCACCACCAUUAUGCAAACCCUCACCAAGUUUGCCUUGCCUAAUCGGUGACGAUGAUGAAGAUUUGCCGCCAUCCACACCAAAGUUGAAGCCAAGCACUCCAGUGAGACGCGGCACAACCGAUACAACAACGCUUACGCCACCAGCACGAGAGAAACAACGUCUGAUUAGUCCCAUUCCGAAGACUCCAACGAUAGCCAAUAAUAGCACAUCAAUGCUAUCCACCCAAUCCGCCGAGACGCCAGUGAGCUCCAGUGGCCUGGCUAAUGAUGGAACCAAAUCGUCUGCCCUAGCGACUACACCAACUUCGUCGACUAAUGCGGCAGCAGCAGCCGUCCAAGCGGCGGCAUCCAUCACAGAUCACACGAGUUCACCGACAUCAGCUGGCGCUGUGGCAUUAGCCACAAAGAAGAAGGAAAUCUUUAUACCCGGCUUCGAUGAUCGCAUGGAUGAUCGUUUAAUCUGCAAUACGGCUGUGCAAUCGAUUUCAGCUGAAUUCGAUACAAAUUCCGUGCUAGAUUCCAUUGGUGAUGAGCCCAAGAUACCCGUUGCCUCACCUCCUGGCACCAUUAAGCCGAUGGAUAAGAUUGAGGAAACCAAAUCUCGUGUUACCAUCUCACAGGAGGAGACAGAGAGCGCCGUCUCGGCUUUAUUGGGCGAAAGUUUUGGCAGUAGUUCAACACCGGAUUACUCUUUGGAUGGCAUCGAUGAGAUGGCUUCUGUGAGUGAAAUGGAGACUCCGGCCUCAUUAGUUGUGGCCGAGCCGGAUGAAGAGGCUGCCUUGGCUGCCAAGGCAAUUGAAGCAGCAGUUGAACCAGCACCCAUUAUGGAAGAAGAUCCAGAACCGGAAGCUGAGCCCGAACCAGAGCCAGAACCCACAACCAUUGAACCGGAGCCGGAACCAACAGAACCAGUUAUUGUGGCCGCCGCCGCCGUCGAUGCUGCCGUUUCUAAUGUUCUCGAUUCCGAGGAGAUUAAUAAGGCAGUACAGAGUCUAAGGCAAGAAGAUAUGAUGGACAUUAAGGCGGAUACACCGCAAUCGGAGCGAGAUCUUCAAAUCGAUACUGAUACCGAAGAGAAUCCCGAUGAAGCCGACAGCAGUGGUCCAAGCCUAAAGAUUGAUGAAACAGUGCACAGCAACUCGUCACCUGAAAAGUCAGUAACAUUGUCCUCAUCAUCAUCAUCAUCCUUGUCAGGGGCAGCAAUAAAACCGGCCACCGCUGCAUCUGCAGCUCCAACAUCGGCAAAUGUGGACAAACCACAGCCAUCGGUGAUCACCAAAUUGCCCGUGCUGGAGCAACAACAGAAACCAAAUCAGCCAAUGUCCAUUUCAGUGGUCAGUUCACCGGCCAAAAUUGAACCGCCAACGAUUAGUAAAUCGCAACAACCUUUGGUUCAACCUGUGCAAACGGUGUUACCCCUACCAACGCCAACGCCAAUUCAGACGUUGCCAGUGGCAGCUCCCAUCUCAAUUUCUACGCCCAUCAUCAAUCUGGAUCUGUCUAAUGUGAUGAGCAAUUGCUCUGGCAAUAGCUCAACAGCAUCAACAUCAUUUGGCAGUCCAACGCCAAGUCAACAGAAACCAUUGAUGCCGCAGGCAUCGACACCCAAACAGCAGAUGGCCAUGCCAACGACACAGCAUCAUCCUCCAGGACAACAGCAGCGAACACAAUCGCUCUUUAUGCAACCACCAACAAUUUCGAUACCAGAGCAAACAGCCCAGUUUGUUGUACCGCAGAUGGUACUCUCGCCACACCAUCAGCCAUCGCCAGGUGGUGCUUAUAUGGUUGGCAUACGAGCACCAUCACCGCAUAGUCCAUUGCUGUCGCCUGGAGCGCGUGGUCCGCCACCAUCAGCGGCGAUCAAUCGUUCUGGUCAGCUAAGUCCAGCUGCUGGAGGACGUGCCACCGGCACACACCCGGUGCAGGUGCAACAGCAAUCAUUAUUGACAUCCCCGCCAGGCAGUAAUAAUAAUAUGAGUCCACUAGCCAGUCCAACAACUCGUGUUGUGGCCAAUUCCGCGGGGGCUACAUCCUCGCCAACUACCAGCAAGCCAAACAGUUAUCAGCCACGGCAACAACAACAGCAGCAGCAGCAACAGUCGCCAAAAUCUGUCAUUGAAUUGCAGUCAUCGGCAUCGCCUCAGUUAAUGGCCAUGCCAUUGCAAAAGAUGCCUCCGUUGCCGGUGCCACAUCAUCCAACAAUUAUCAGCAAAGUGGUCACAGUGCAGCCGCAGCAAGCAACACAAUCGCAAGUGGCUAGUUCGCCGCCAUUGGGUAGCUUACCGCCACACAAGACUGUGUCGCAACAGCCACAGCAGCAGCAGCAGCAACAUUCGCCACAAAUGAUAACUAAAAUGACGGCACAUCAGCAGAUGCAGCAUGUGCAGCAAUUAAUGCAGCAUCAGCAAAUGAUGCAGCGACAGCAGCAACAACAUCAGCACAUGCAACAGCAGCAACAACAUCAGCACAUGCAACAGCAACAGGCUCAACAGCAACACAUGCAACAGCAUCAAGUGCAACAACAACAGCAACAGCAGGCUUUGCAGCAACAGCAGCAGCAACACCAUCAGGCUCAACAGCAGUUGCAUAUACAAAAAUUGCAGCAACAAUUGCAUCCAACACAACAGCAGCAGUCACCACAGCAACAACAACAACAGCAGCAGCAGCAACAACAACAACAGUCUGCAACCCAUUUGCAAUCGAUGUUUGCAACACAUCCUCCAAGUGGUGUGCCGCGUGGCAUGGUAAAUCUGCAACAGCCACAGCAUCAACAGCAACAACAACAGCAGCCACAACAACAACAACAGUUGAUUUCACUGAGUCCACAAGGCAAACCGAAUCCACUUCAGCAGCAACACAGUCCACAAGGACAGCCGCCUUCAACCAUACUGAUACGAAAUGCGCCACAGCUGCAACAUCAACAACAGCAGCAGCAGCAACAUCAGCAGCAACAAAUGCAUCACGUGCAACCACAACAACAACAACAACAGCAGCAGCCGGCACAACAACAACAGUCGCAUCCAGCGGCACUCAAUGUCAUACAGAGUGCCCCAAAAAUGAUUGUCCAGCAACAUAUUGUGCCACCUCCAACAUCCACCUUUACUGCCAGCAACAAUCAAGCGAAGGAAACCCAUUUGGAGUCGCUAACACCAGUUGUACAACAACAACAACAACAACAGCCACAAACUGCAACAGUUGUUGCCUCGCCCGGUGCCAUAUUAAAGACAUCGGAAAGUGUUUCAGUGAUCCGAACGCCAACGCCGACAACAAGCGGUGGCAAUUCGUCGACCAUUGUCUCACCCAAGACAACAACUGCUGCUCCAACUGGAUCCCUACUGCUCACCGAAGAGAAUCUUACAAAGAUAUCGCAGCCAAAGCAGGAUGAGCUCAUUGAACAGGAUUCCAAGGAAGUUGAUAGUGAUUAUUGGUCAGCCAAGGAGGUGAAUAUCGAUAGUGUGAUUAAGAAACUAGAUCCAAGAGAAGCACCACCGGCACCAGCACCACCAACACAAAUCCAAUCUCAACCGAACAAGGAGCAAAUGGCUGAUAAGCGGUCUCUGGAUGUGAAAUCAGCAUCUCAAGCUGUAGUGACUAGUUCUCCAGCUGUAGAAGUGGCACCACCAUCUGCUGCACCACCUGCAGCAGCAGAGCCAGAUGCAACCACCCCAAGCGGCGCCACUGUGGUCAUUAACAGCUCCAAUGAUUUGGAUACCGAGGAUGAAACAGAAACCCGACAAUUGCCACCCAAACCUGUCACGCCUACGGUGGGCAGACCACCAGGUAGUGGUAGAGGUGGUGGUACAAGCAAGCGUGGCCGUCAACCACGUGGGGCAAAGAAACAAGGUGGCAUUCCCUUGACGACACCAACACCUGCCCCAGAACCUGUUGUGGUCAUAACACCUGGCGAUAAUGGAGUUCAGACGCGACUAAGGAAACCUGCAACAGCUCCAGUGACUCGUGGACGCAAGGGUCGUCCGCCAAGGAAUCUUCUGUUGCAGCAACAACAAUUGCAACAACAGCAAUUGGCGCAGCAGCAGCAACAGAAGACCAUGACAGAAAUUCUCACAGCUGCAGCAGCGUCAACAACAACAACAACAACAGCUGUUCCAGCUGCGGCGAUACCAGUCCAAUCGACCCCAGUGCUUACAGCUGCCGAGAAGAAGGCUAGAAAUCAAGCCCUGGCCCAAGCUCAGUCCAAUCAAGAUGUCUACGAAUUCCGUGACGAUUCUGGUGAAGAGCCCAAGGGAGGAGUUAAGGCAACAACAGCCACUUCUUCUGCUGUAGCAAGCGAUGACCAGCGACCACGUCUCAUUCUGACCAUUAAUAAAGUGCAGCCGGCUAUAAAGAAUAACAGUGGCGAAACUGAGCCUCCAUCCAUAUCAGCAGCUCCAUCGCCAGUUACUGUAGUCGAACAUCAUGUGGAUACCAAUAGCAGCGAGUCCACGGAGUUGGGUAACACACGCAAAUCGCGCCGCCUUCAGGAGAAGGAAGAUCGCAGCACUGUCGAUGAUAUAAUUGAGGAUGUGGUAAGAAAUACCAAUACACAAAUGACAGCUGCCGCUCUCCAACAACAACAGCAACAGCAGCAACAACAACAGUUGCCCAAGGGAGCUCAAACGCCACCAAGGCGUUCGGGACGUAAUGCACAGGCCAAGACCAAACCGGAUGUAGGACUCAAUGCACCAACAAAUGCUGUGGGUCGGUUGCGUCGCUCCAAAGAGAGGAAGACAACAAUUUGUGAGCCACCACAGCAACAACAGCAGCAACCACCGCCACCAGCGCCUGCAACUAAUGUGAUUGAGGAACCUGUUCAACAACAACAACUAACACCACCUGAGCCAGUUCCAGUGCCAGUGUCAGUGUCUGUCAAUGUGCAACCACAUAUGCCACAAUUGGACACCACGACUAUUACUACUACUACUACUGCUCCAAAGGAGCCAACUGUUGUGGAACAAGCUCCGGCGCCGGCACCGCCACCACCAACUCCUCCAACUCCGGUUGUUGCUCCAGUAAUGGCAGCACCACCCAAGCCAACUAUACCACAGCAUCCCAAAAAGAAGGCGAUUGCCGCCGCUGAGAUUGAAUCCUAUCAGACAAUCAAUAAUUCAUCAUCUAUACCCAGCGGUGGAUUACCAAUGCAUCAAACUGCUGCGCCCGCAACACAGAAAAUCACUGGCGGAGCGGCAGAUGCUGUUAGCAAGGCAUUGGUGGAUCCUGUGACGGGUGUUAUAACCGCUGGCAUGCCACAGGGCAAAGAGGGUAAUCUGCCAGCAGCAACAGCUGCUGCUCCAGCAAAUAGUAGUGCCUCCAGUGAGCCAAUAGCGCCACAGCCGACGCCAACUAACAAUCCAGUGCAUCAUCAACAUCAUCUGCAGCAGCAGCAGCAGCAACAACUACAACAUGGACAGCAACAUGGACAGCAACAGCAACCGUCUAUACAGAUUAGUGCUACGGUGAUAACACCUUCACCAGCUGCUCCGAUCACAGCUUUAAGCAAACCUGUACAGGUUGAGGCCGCAACGGCUCUGAUCAAUAAACCAGUGAGUGUCCUGGUCAAGGGCACCGGCAGUAAUGCCACGUCAUUGGGUUUCCAACAACAGCAACAGCCAUCAUUACAACAGCAGCAGCAACAGCAAUUGGUGGUGCCUCCCAAGCAACCCAUUGUCUUGCAACAAAAUCCAUUGCCCACAGUGUUGCAGCAUGCUCAACAUAGUAAUGUGCGACCGCCUCAGCCUCUCAAGGCUCAUGUACUAAAUAGAGAGAAGAAUCUGCAACAGCAGUUAACGCCAACUAAGCAACAGCAGCAACAACAACAACAACAAGUGGGACAUCCUGGUCAUAUGCUUAUCACAGAUGCUGCUGGCAAUCAGCAAUUAUUGCAACCACAAAUCAUAGCGCGCCACUUGCAACAGCAGCAACAACAACAGCAGCAGCAACAUCUCUUGGUUAAUAUACCACCACCAAGCGUACAUUCGCCGCAUUCGCCAAGGGUGCAACAGCAGCAGCAACAACAACCCCAACAACAGCAGACACUUGUAAUCAAACAGGCCACAUCGGCAGCACCGCCGCAAAUCCUUCAUGUGGUCAGCUCCAAGGCUUCUGUAGUUGCUCAACCUCCACCCACAUCCUCGGCAAAUAAUGUGCAGCAGCAGCAUCUGCAAUUGGGUAAACCCAAUUUCGGCUAUGUGCCUUCACCAAUGCCACCGACCAGCAGCAGCAGUGGCUCAGCACAGCAACAGCAACUCUAUAAGCCUGGGCCACCACCACCUAACCAACAGAAGCCCCAGUCAACUGUGCAGCAGGUGCAAUUGCCACCACAUGCUCUAAUGUUACAGUCCCAUCCGGGAUUGCUAUUGCAAUCGAAAGCGCCGCCAGUUCAUCUGCAACCGCAGCAACAUCAAUUGACCCCAUCACCGCCACCGAACAAACCCAAUCCUCAGGUGGUCCACAGCUUGCAGGCUGGACAAAUAUUGCCCGGCAAUGUGGGUAGUCCGCCACCCGUAUCGGCGGUGGCUGUGUUGAAGUCAGCACAGCAGCAGCAGCAACAGCAGGUGGUCAAUUCGGCAGCAGUACUACGCACAGCAAUUCCCAACAUUAGUCCACAGGGACAGCCAAGAGUAUCCCCAUUGGUGCUGCCACCUGGCAUGGCUGGAGUUCCUACACCAUUUGAUGGCACUAGCUUGCAUGAUCUGGGCGCCUAUGUUAGUGGACGGCGUACACAGAGUCCGCCGCCGGCUCAUCAGCAACAGGCAUCGCCCAUAACACCGAAUGAUCCGACAUAUCGUACUGCCUCCAGGGAGUUUAUGCUCUAUCAGCAUCAUUUGAUGCGCGGCGCUGGCAACGAAUAUGACGACAAAAUGAUUAGCAGUAGUCCACCAUUGGAGCUAAGGCGACCUGGAAGUGGACCACCGCGCACUAUUGCAGUGCCACAUAGUCUACAGAGUCCACAGGAUCGCACAGCAGCGGAUUCACCGCAAAUGGCUCAAGUUUAUGUUCACAAUGCACGAAUUCCGCACGCCCAUUACAGUGAUAUGGCCACUCGGGCGGCUGGCUUCUAUGAGAGCGGUGGCAUACAGUUGGAACCGCCACCAGCUCAUCGGCCGGCUGCUUCGAUUAGUGUGGUUGUGCCACCACCGCCGCCAACUCAACAGGGUGGCAGUCCGUAUUUGAGUGGCGGCGCAUCUGGUGUACAAACCGGUGGUGCUCCACCCACCCAUAUGCAUCCAGCCAAGCAGAUAAUGGAACGUGAACGUGAACGUGAACUAGAGAACGAACGUCUUUCCAUGGCAGCUGCUGUUGUCAAACAACAACAGCAACAAGAGCAUUUACCACCCGGCUUGCAUGGUCAAAUGGAACAACAGCAACAAUUGGUUAAUAGUCAACCAGGUCCCAUACCACCACCACCGGGUGAUUCAUUGGUCACUCUAUUGCAACGUUAUCCCGUAAUGUGGCAAGGUCUAUUGGCCUUAAAAACCGAUCAGGCUGCUGUUCAAAUGCAUUUCGUGCACGGUAAUCCAAAUGUGGCGCGUGCCUCGUUGCCCAGUUUGGCCGAGAGUCCAGCACCGCUCUUAAGGAUAGCACAACGUAUGCGUUUGGAACAAACUCAGCUUGAGGGAGUGGCCAAGAAGAUGCAGGUUGACAAGGAGCAUUGUAUGUUGCUGGCCUUACCCUGCGGACGAGAUCAUGCUGAUGUUCUGCAACAUUCGAGAAAUCUACAAACCGGAUUUAUCACAUAUCUGCAACAGAAAAUGGCCGCUGGCAUUGUCAAUAUACCCAUACCGGGAAGUGAACAGGCUGCCUAUGUGGUACAUAUAUUCCCAGCCUGUGAUUUUGCCAAUGAGAAUCUAGAGCGUGCUGCGCCCGAUCUCAAGAAUCGUGUGGCUGAGCUGGCCCAUCUGUUGAUAGUCAUUGCCACGGUCUAAACAAAAAGAAACACGGCUCGAAACAACACAAAAAAAUCACGGCUAUAUAAGAAACAAACAAACAAAACAAUUCCCAGACAAAAACCUGAAAAACAAGUUACGCUCUUCUAGUGUUUUAAGUAAUUUUAAAAUAGCGAUUAUCUGCAAAAGCAAAGCAAAAAAAAGAAAAGAACAACAACUACUACACAGAAACUGGCAAAUUAACUGAUCCAAUGGAUCUUUCCGCCCCCCCCCCAAAAUCUGCAUUAUACAUAUGUAAAUCUGCAGUUAGAAAACAAGAAAAUAAGAGUAUCAAACAAGAAAUUCUACUAUAUCCAAAUUUGUCUGAUUAUUAAUUUUAUGAUUUGUCGAAAUGAAUUGUUUUAUUUUCGUUUAACCUAAACUAUAACAACAAAUGAGAAUGAGAAGAAAAACAAAAAAAAAUCCCUUGGAAAAAAGCUUGCAAAGUAUCGUUAAGUUUGAUCUCAAGAAAGAAAAAGUUUUAUUUUUUGCUUAAUUUAAAAGGAGAAUGU